AUGGCAAAAAAUAAAAACUACGAAGUUUCUUUAAUUUCAGCAGGAAUUAUUGACUCAAGUUUGCACUAUGGACCAUUUUCACAUAAUUGGUGGACAGCUUGUAAUGAAUUUUUGAUUCCUAUUCGUUUACAUAUGAGAACUAUGACACUUUUGAACGGGCACAACUUUUUUUUAACAGUUGUAAAAGGUAAUAAUGAACAUUCUGAACAACCUGGAUAUCUUUGCAACUGUAAUUCUUUUUAUAAUACUGAACCAAGUAGUUCUAGUACUAAUGCAAUAUCCACAGUUUAUCAACAAAUCUUCCGUACUAAAACAAGAUUUUCUGGUCCUUUAGUAAUGGGAUUUAAUAAACCGGAUAUAUAUGAAAAACUAUUAGAAGGAGUUUUAUUUCAACCAUAUUUUAUUGAUCUUAAACUAGUUCAAAUUUUUGUAUUUGGGCUUGCACGGUCUAACAAUAAUUUGUUGGGAUAUGCUGGUAUAGGGUUUAAGUCAAGUUUUUUGUUUCAAUUAGAAAAGCAACGUUGCUUAUUUCUUCAAGAAAUUGAAGAAGAUGUAUGUAAAGUAACUAUAAUACAAAAAGCUGAAAUUAAAAAACUAUAUUAUGACUAUACGCCAAAUCUUGUAUGGGAAAAAAUUCAUAAUGAACUAGAAAUAAAAAUUACUGAAUUAUCAAAAUUUACAGGACAAAUAUUAUUUGGAAUUGAAAAUAAUAUAACACAACAAAAACUUCAACUUUUAGAAAUUCCAUCAU